CAUGUGUUCACAAAUCCAUUACAACUCUCAAAGUUUUUUCAUUCACUCAAUUGAAACACAAUUUUCUGAAAUAACAAACAAUUGUUUCAUCACUUGUUUUGUUGGCCACAGAUAUCACAGUAUAUAAAGUAAUUGUCGUUUCUUAACGUUUUGUCAACAUUUAAGACAAUCGCUUAAGACAUGGAGAAUAAAGACGUUAACAACGAGGCAAAGAGCGGUGAGAAUCCGUCGAAGAAGGCGCUGAAGAAACAGCAAAAGGCGGCCGAAAAGGCAGCGAAGAAGAGCGAGAGAGCAGAUAAUGUGAGAAACGAUGGCAACGCUGGCGAUGCCGGCGAUGAAGAGGAUGUAUCCAAAGGAUUGUACGGAUUGUUACCAAUGAUUCAAUCGGUCGAUCGGCCGAAACGCCAAUUAAUUGCUGUCAAAGACGUCGACAAAGCAUUGGAUAAUCAGUCGAUUUGGUUGAGAGGAAGACUACACACGAGUCGUGCCAAAGGAAAGCAAUGCUUUUUUGUCUUAAGACAACAACACUAUAGCAUACAAUGUUUAGCCGCUGUCUCGCAAACCACAUCCAAAUCAAUGGUUAAAUUCAUUGCUUCCGUUAACAAAGAGUCGAUUAUAGACGUGGAAGGAGUGGUCCGAUCGGUUCCCACACCAAUCGAGAGCUGUUCCCAACGAGAAGUGGAAAUACAUGUCAAUCAACUAUUCGUUGUCAGCAGUUCUGAACCAAAACUUCCGCUUCAGAUCGAAGACGCGGCUCGACCUGAGGCCGAGUGCGAGUCCGCCGAUGGACUGGCAAUCGGUGUGAAUCAGGACACGAGACUCAAUAACCGAGUCCUCGAUCUGCGAACGCCUACGAGUCAAGCGAUCUUUCGUAUUGAGGCCGGAGUCGGCAAACUCUUCAGAGACUCACUCGAAGGCCGCGGCUUUGUUGAGAUCCACACACCGAAGAUCAUAUCGGCCGCGAGUGAGGGCGGGGCCAAUGUCUUCGAAGUCACUUAUUUCAAAGGCAGCGCAUAUUUGGCUCAAUCGCCGCAACUCUACAAACAGAUGGCAAUCGCCGCUGAUUUCAAUCGGGUCUAUACUGUGGGCGCUGUGUUCAGAGCGGAGGACUCCAACACUCACAGACAUUUGUGCGAAUUUGUUGGCCUCGACUUCGAGAUGGCUUUCGAAUACCAUUACCACGAAGUACUCGAUGUGAUCGGUUCCCUAUUCGUCGACAUUUUCAAAGGACUCGAAUCGCGAUACAAGGAUGAGAUCGCGGCCGUCGGCCGUCAGUUCCCGGCGGAACCGUUCAGAUUCCUCGAACCCACGCUUCGGCUGGAGUUCGCAGAAGGCGUUGAAAUGCUUCGCGAAGUGGGCGUUGAGAUGGGCUCUGAAGACGAUCUGACGACUGCUAACGAGAAACUGUUGGGAAAACUGGUGAAAGACAAAUACGACACCGACUUCUAUAUUUUGGACAAAUUCCCGCUCGCCGUCCGUCCCUUCUAUACAAUGCCCGACCCCUCCAAUCAGAAAUAUUCAAAUUCAUACGAUUUGUUUAUGAGAGGCGAAGAGAUCAUGUCUGGCGCCCAACGAGUACACGACCCGCAGUUUCUGGUUGAGAGGGCAACCCAUCACGCGAUUGAUUUGAACGGAAUUAAGGGAUACAUCGACUCAUUCCGUUACGGCUGUCCACCGCAUGCGGGCGGA